AACAAAACAAACCAAAUAAAUACAAACCCCCCCAAGUUCCAAACAAACAUGUUUCCCUCUCCCGCUUCCUACGUCGCCCUCAGCAGCGGCGGCGUCUCUCCCGGGUCCUCCUCUUCCUCCUCCCCGCGACUAUUCGUCCGCCACCCCCGCCUAGCCAUCUUCACCCUCGCCCUCGUCGGCGUCGGCGCCGUCUUCAGACACGUGUCGACGACGAUCCGCAACAACGAGCUGGCUCAGAAGAGCUCGCCUGGUUCGCGGUUCUUUGUCAGCGUGGACAGGAGUGGUGGGGGAAUCUGAUUUUUCUAUCCGGGGGGAAGAAUGGAAAGGCGAAAGGGGUGGGUGAUAUAGGGUGAUGGAUGUGGGAUGUUCGUGCACAAAUGUGUUGAUGAGUGAUGAAUAAUGAAGCGACAUGAGUUGGAUGAUGCGGGAGGUGUAGAAUUUCUGCGUGGACGAUAAUGACAACAGCAGGAAGUUUGGGAUUUGAAUUUGGAAGAUGCGUUCGUGCGAGCGGAUGCAUAAGUUGAUGCGGUCCUGGAUUAGCGUUGAUCAACUUUGUCAGAAUAACCAGAAUGGCAACAGCAAAGCAUGAAGAUAGUCAAACGCGAAUCGCGUCAAUUUUACUUU